AUGGCAAGCGCACGCCGUCUCUGGUCCCUGGUGGAGAUUCUACUGCUAUGGAUGGCGCUAAGCGCGGAUGCCAGCCAGAACCUGCGCAAGACCACGUGCCCGGUGUGCAACAUGGAUGCGAAAGCUGACAUCAACGCACCUAUACUGGGCGACCAGCACGUCUACGCCUGCGAAAUGGCGGGGCAUAUCGAUACGCUACGCAGUGACCCAGGCGCGAAUCUGGGCCAGCCGGAGGCUGCCGACAUCAUCACCGACGAAAUCUACAAGGACGCGACCGACAUCUCUUGCCCCGUGUGCGGCAAAGGAUACAGCCAGCUCACCCACGCAGUACCGUGGAUCCCCCAAGGCGCUCAGAAGAUUUACACCUGCUCGGAAGAACACGCGCAAAUGGUCCACGACGACCCCACAGCGUACAUCGCGGCGCAAACUUCGUCUUCGAGCAGCUUCUGCAACUCCGGAGCUGCUGCCAGGCCCAUGGGGUCCGUCAUGUUCAACGGAUUCCAACUGACAAUUGGCAGUGAUUCGACGUGUCUGCUCCUGCUGUUCCAGUCGUGGGUGCUCUCAUCUGCUGUCAAGUACGCGUUCGCGUUCCUUGGCGUCGUGCUGCUGGCCAUGUCACUCGAAGGCUUCGGCGAGCUCCGCGAGCACAGCCAGAAGUGGCUAGUGCUCCAGCACGGCGUUGUCGUCACCCAAGCUGACUACGUGUCGCUCUCCACGCCUCACGUCAACAGUGUCAACGGCCUCGAGUCGUCCGCACUGAAACCCGGUCGAGUACUUCCCAUUUCGUCCGAAGUCACCGUCAUCCGUCGCCUGCCACUGCAUUACAAAGCGGUGCUUGCGGUCCUGUACAUGGUGCACCUGUGCUUGGGCUACUGGGUCAUGCUGGCCGUCAUGACGUACGAAACUCUCAUGUUUGUCGCCGUGAUCGUCGGCUUGGGUCUGGGCUUCGCCGUCUUCAAGGACACAGAGGCCGACACCCUCAGCGGCAGCGUUGACCCCUGCUGCUCCAGCUAA